ACAAGAAAUUUGAAAAGAUCUUUCCUAUUCGACCAACCAUCAACAGCAUCAACCUCAACACAGCUAUGGCAUGCAUUGGACAAUCGUCUCGUGCGGGUACCUAGUAGGACAUUCAGGGAAAUCACCCGUCUCCAGUGAUUAGCUCGCUCGGCGUUCACGCACCAACACCGUCAACAUGACCCACGAACCCGCCCACUACCCAUCAGCUGGGCAAAAUCUGCAGCGGGAGACAAGCGUCGUUCGAGCUCGGCCCUUUUCAAAGCCGUCCGCCGUUUCCAGCAGAAUGACGCUGAUCGUUGCAGCUGUUACCGCUAUGAUAAUAGGGGAGCACCACGCCUCCGCCGCGAACCGCAGGAGCGCCGCAAACCAAAUGCCCCAUCGUCCAUUGCAUAUGUCACAUCUAAGAGGAGGUUCCAAGAGCGACAAAAUCCUCUCCUCCAUAAGAGGGGGCGACCAAGAUUUGGGCGACGAAGACUUGGACGAAUACAUCGAAUUUUUGCUGGCGUACGCCGACGAUAAAGCAACCGAGGCGGACAAUCCACUCUUCCGUGGAAUGAAUGCAAACCAAGUCUUAGAAGACGAAAACGAAAACGAGGAAGAGUCAUUGAUAGAGCCGUUGGUGGACAACGUCAAUGACGAUGCGCAAAUCGAUGCCAUGGUCGAGACGUUGGUGGCAACGGUCGAUGAUCAAGAGGUCGAAGGAGACUUGGAGGUGGAAAACAUCGAGGAUCAUGAAUCUAAAACAGAAGCAGUCCAAGUGGAGGAAGUCGUACCGGAUAUCGAGUUGGCAAUCGCUUCUUCACUAGAAGAGGAAACAGGAACUGUGGAAGACAUUGCUGUAGAAUCUGCAUCAGAAGAAACGUCAGCUACAGUUGUCGAAGAAAAUAUUGAACCGGCUACAAUUCCAUCCUCAUCCGAUGAAGUAGAAAAAGUUGGAGAAGUUUCUACGGAGCCUGCAACUGAGCCUGUGACAGAAGAAAUUUCAUUGGGCAUAGUGGAAGAUGAUACGGAGAGUGCGUUUGAUGAAGUAGAUGAUAAGGAGGCAGAAAUUGCAUUAGCUGCUGGUGAAGUAACUCUGGUAGACGAUGUUGCGACUCAAACCGAAACCAAAGACGAAAAACUUGAAGCUUCGAACAUCGAAUUGGUCGAUGCCGAAGAGAAAGAGACGACGAAGUCAAUUGAUGACCAGGAAGUCGAAGAAGGAAAGGAAACUGAUCCCUUUUAUCUGGGAUCAUCGGCUGUAGAAAACAUGCCAGUGCCUUUGAACGAAGAUCAAGCUUCGACGAGCACUUCCGAAGAAGUAGAAACGACAACCGAACCGACCGAAAAAGUUCCGUUGUUUACUUCGUUGAUGCGAAAGAUUGGACUUAAAAAAGAAGUAACUGAGCAAGUAGAUCAAACGUCUGCGGAUGAUGUCGAACAAAUCGAAGAGGCAUUGGAUGCCGAGGGGGUUGCUGCCGAGGAAGCGAACAUUGUCAUGGGCACGAGCGAAGAUGUCGAAGAGCAUAUUAUCUCAUUUGGGGAGUCUGAUAGUGAGUUGCAGCUACAAACCCAUAAGGUUGACGCUGAAGUUACUACUGGAGAUGUUUCGGAGUCGAAUCAAUUUCCCGAAGAAGUAUCUGAUUCAGCAGCGAGUGAGUUUGAUAGCCAGGAAUCAACAUUAGAACCUAUCGGUAUUAAAGGAGAAGAAAACACGGUAGGGGCCGAAGUUUCAUUAGAAGCCGAGGUGGCAGAAACGAGGGAGCCGGAUGCUCUGCCUUCUAUUGACGAAAAGACAGACCAGCAAGUCACAACAAGUGUCGUCACCGUGGCAAAGCAAUAUUAUCAGGGUGCGUGGGGAUCGGUCAAAGAGUUUUGGAGCAAAAACCGAUGGCUCAAAAAAGAAACCGAAGAGGUUCCUUUGGAGAGAGACUAUACGAAGAUUUACCAAAAAUAUUUUGCAGAUAACCUACAAGCCGUAGAUGCAGACGACAGUUCUCCCCGAGAGAAACAGGAUCGGUUGAGCAAUGCAUUCCUGCGACCUUGGGGUACGCUUACAAAAUAUUUGAAACCCCAAGAUCGCGAAGGGGCAGAAUCUGCCGAGACAAGCACUGCGAGCUAUUAUUCUAUAGGAAUUCAGGGUUACAUCGCAGACGAUGCAAAAUCUGAAACAGAAGUUAGCGGUCAGCUAAUAGAUAAAAUUGAAACUGACAUUGAAGAUUUGGAAAUGCAGGUUGRUGGUGGUGUAAUAAUCACUGCAUCUGAGGAUGAUUUGCAAGAAGAAYUUGAUAACGAAGAGGAUCCCGCAUCAAUUGAAGAUACUGAAUUGCAUCUUGACGAUAGUGUUAGUCCGAAUGGUCAUAUAGGAAAGGAAGUUGAAGCAGAUGGUGAAGAAAUGAAUCAAGUUGUAGCUGAAAUUGAAGACACCGAAGUCCAGGUUGGCAAUGAGAUUGAAAGUGCGGACGUGGAAGAUAUGGAAGAAGUUGUCGAUGACGAAGAAACUUUUGAAGCACUAGAAGAUUCGGAAGUUCAAGUUGAUAAUGAUUCUACUAUUGAUGAGGAUGAAGUCGGAUUCGCUGAACCCGAAGCUGAUAUUGAAAUGCAGGUCAGUGAUGAGAUUGACAUUGCGGACGAGGAGCAUCUGCAAGAAGUGAAUAACGAAGCGACCCCGACAGCAAUAGAAGAUUCAGAAUUGCAUUGGGAUAACGAUGUCACUUCUAAUGUGGAUGGCGAAGAAGAAGAAGAAGUUGAUGAAGUUGAAUCGAAUAUUGAAUUCAAUGAAAUGCAGAUCGAUAGCGAGAUACCCAUUGCAGAUGAAGAAGUUGUCCAAGAAGAGAAGGGCGACGAAGAUACUUUGAUAGAAGAUUCGGCAUUGCAGGUUGACAACGACGACGUCACUCUGGAUGAGUAUGAAGUGGAAGCCGACGUUGACGAAGUUGACGAUGACAUCGAAGCUGCUGAUAUGCAGGAUGAUAUCAAGGUGGACAUUGCAGACGAAGUAGAUGUCGACAAAAUCGGCGCUGAUGUCGAAGGCGCAGAAAAGCACGUUGAUUGUGAGAUAAGUAUCGGAGAUGAGGAAGAUUUCGAAGAUGAUGAGACUCCUGAAUCAGUAGAAGAUUCGGAAUUUCAGGAUGAUGUUGAUAUUACUUUGGAUGAGACUGAUGCUGAAGUAGAGGUUGACGGAAUCUAUGCUGAUGCUGAGGGCGCUGAAAAGAACGUUGAUAGCGAGAUAGCUAUUACAGAUGAGGAAGGUUUCAAAGAAGAGAAUGGUAGCCAAGAAAUCCCAGAUAAUACAGAGAUCGACGAUGAGGAUAAUGAUUCAAUCAACAAUACUUCAGCGAAGGACUCUAGUCCACGUAAGUUGUUCACGCGAUUAUGGGGCAUGAGUGGACGUACGAGUCAAUCCGAUUCUGUAGUGGAAGUUACUAGUGAAAAAGAUCAAACGGAGAUAGAAGAAAACAUCGUUGAAAUUGAAGAUUCUAUUGACCGGGAAGAGACAGGGCGAACAGAGGGUUCCAGCAAGCGAAACAUAUUCAUGCGCCUAUGGGGUACUAACAACGAAUCAAACGAAUUCUAUUCACUCGGUUUACAAGGAGUUCCUGAUAGUGAUUCUAUCACAACAGAAGAUCAUGAUGUGAUUUCUGCUGAAAGCAGUACAGAAGAGGAUACGGUAGAAGAACUCGAUGUUGAUAUAUCGGUCAGCAUUGGAGAAUCAGACACCGGAGGUGGGUCUCUGGAUGUCGUUACUUUUGACAUUUCUGACUCCUCGGGAGUCGAGUACUCGGAAGAGGAAACGGAUUUCCCUGAGAUUCAAAGUAUCGAGGAGCAAGAAUCAGUGGACGUAAAGCUGAAAGAAAAUGUGCGUAAGGGACAAGGACAAGAUGACAGAAAUGUUCUUCAACUUCACCGUCCAGAAAGUGAAGAGAUCAAAGAACAGAAAAUUCACACMGAAGUCACAAGCAGUAUUGCUAGUUCUGAAGAUGCGACCGUCGACAAGAAUGUUUACCGACUUGAACUGCAUCGAGAAGAAGAUGAUGCUCUGAUUUCGGAGUAUGGCCAAGACAAUAUUGCAGCCGCACAGCUAGAAGAUGCUCUAGCCAUCAUGGGAGAUAGUYCUGGUAGUGAUCAAGAUGAUGUCUUGCUCGAAUCGGAAUGCGCGUUGGAAGACACCGAAGAAGAGAACCAUGAAGAAAACGCUGAAAGCUCAAUUGCUGCAGAGGUUAUUGAAGAUGCAUUUUCUGAUGAAGACUCCAUCGAAGAAGAUUAUGAAGAGAAAGAGUUCGAAGCGCAGACACUUGCAGAGACCGCUAACGAUGARCUUUCUGAGGAAGGAGAGGACGAGGAAGAAGGUAUUAUUUGUGAGGAAGAAGAGGACGAGGAAGAAGGUAUUAUUUGUGAGGAAGGAGAGGACGAGGAAGAUGAUAUCAUUUCUGAGGAAGAAGAGGUUUUGGAAGAAGCACUAGAAAGCUCAAUCGUUGCAGAGGUUAUCGAAGAUAUAUUUGAAGAAGAGGAAAUUUCAGACAAUGAAGAACUAGUGAAAGUUGCUGAUAUUAUCGAAAAUGAAUUUUCUGACGAAGAUUUUGUCGAAGAAGAGGGCCAAGAAGAUUUAGAUGUCUCGUUUUUUGAAGAUUCAAUCGAAGAUGAAGAACAGGAAGGUGAUUCAUAUUAUCACACUACACCAGGCAACGCGUUGGAAGUGGAAAUGGAAAGUGCAAACUUUGUGACGAGAUUUUUGGUCAACAAAGGCUUGGGGCAAGUUGUUAUUAUUGCAAUUUUGAUUAUGGAAUGGUUUCACAUGUAUGUUGUGGCUCCCUUUUUUGAAAGCGUGGAUUGGAUCAAGUACGGCAAAGGUCAAGAUCUUCUCCAAACCGUGCUCAGUUCCCGUGGGGGUGCUCUUGCAUCUUCGGUAAGCGACGGUGAAGAUGUCGGGCAGAUCGAAGAGGAUGACGAAGAGGGCGACGAGGAUGGUGACGUGUUGACAGAAGUUGAACCAGCAAACGAAAGCGUUGACGAAGAACAGUCGGAUCGUUUGACUGAGAGUGAGACAGAUGGGGACGAACAGAGUGAAACAAUCUCUUCUGCUCCGGUUCCUGCAGAUGUACCUGCUCCAAGCAGGCCUCGAGUGCCACCGAACUUUAUAUUUCGACAUCUUGCAAACUAUGGUUUGGUGGGGCACAUCCUGAUUAUGGAACUCGUGAUGGCUUCUGAAUGGCUCCAAGUAUACGUCCCACAAAUCACAAGCCUGGCGAGUUACAUCGCUUAUGAUUUACUCAAUUACAAGAGAGAUUUCCGCCGGGGACGCGAAGAGCCCGUUAACAAGAGGAAUUCUGGAUUCGUAAACAUUGGCGAAGGUUCUCGCCUUGGAAAGAAGCCCAAGAAGCUUCGAAAGAAAGAAGACCAGGCCGCUCUCGACCAAUUGAAGAGAAUUGGCGAUGUUAAUAAUGCAAAAUGUCGUUUCCUAUCCCAGAAGUUUAUGGAGCGACAUGCCAUCGGGCCGUUCAGCGCAACCAUCUCUGAAAUCGAACUCGAUCUCAAUGCCGUCGAAACGGACUUUGCAUCGAAGAAAAGAAAACGCAUCGAAGAAGAAGAGGAAGAAGAAGCAGAGAGUGAUUCAGGCUGGAUAUUGGAUGCCCUCGAAGUGGAAGAGGAAGACGCUCCUCCGUUGAAAAACCCUUUUGAUACCAGCGUUGGUGUUUCUCUGGGCAGCGGCGGCCCGAAAGUGAGCGUAGGAAUGGAAUUCACGAUUGGGAAAAAGAAGCGAACCAAGUCAUCCUCUGAGAAACUCCGCAGCGUACUUGAAAACGAUACCUCUGGCUCGGAAAACAAGAUCAAGACCCCAAAACCACACGUGAGUGACAGCGAAAGUGGUGUGAUGGGCCGACUGCGAGCUGCGGGAGCCAACAGCGUCAUGGGACGCAGUAUUUUGGGUGCUUAUCCCGGUGAUCUCCCGCCCCCGGACGAAGCUGCGAGCCCAAGGGGUGUGAUCGGUCUGGCGCGCAGGUAUGGUUACGGAGACUGGUCCGACGACGACAAUGACGACAAUGACGACAGUGACAACGAAGAUGAUGUAUACGGCGACCUAUUUAACAAAGACGACGAAGAAAAAGAGARCGAUGACUUCUUUUCGGCUUAUUCGGACGAUGAAUACCAAUCACGCCCAAAGAAACGGUCUGGGAGUGCCAAGAAAAAGAGAACUCGAAAACGAAGAUCGUCUUCUCACGAACAACCAAAGUCGGGGGUUAGCGUCGAAUUUGGUUUCGGAACUUCGAGUAAGUCCCAGGCAUCGUUUGCAGCAUCGAGUCCGACGAGAAGGAGACGAAAAUCGUCGUCUUUGUCGUCUUCGACUGUUGCCGAUUCGGUAUCGUCUUCGGCUAGACGGCGCAAAUCACGUGGAAGCCGACUUCCAUCUUCGCCUAUGGAAAAGCUUGGAGGAGUCCGUGCAUCCUCCACGUCCACCGCCAAACCAACCAGCUCGAGCACGGCCCCCGAGGACAGCUACGGGGUUCCUCCGGCCACAACAAUAAAACGAAAGAAAAGACCUAGUACGCUUCGACCGGCUGGUUUUUCAUUAGACGAAGCAAACAAAAAGUCGACUGGCAGCAGCAAAAAGGAGUGAUCAAAUACACCGCACCGUAGAUUUGCUACAACUUUGUGAACCUUAAUAUUGUGACAAUGCUAUAAUAUUACAUGUAAGAAGAAGUUUUAUGUCAUCACAGUAAUCAAUACCAUGCAUCUAU